AGGGCGCUGAGUAAGCGCACAGAGCAGCCUGGGCAGGAGGGAGGGUGCACCCAGGUGAAGGGCCGGCCCCCUCCGCAGAGAGAGAGAGAGAGCAAAUCAGAGAGGGGGAGGGAGCGGAUAAGACAGCGGCGGCCAGGCACCAGGAAGGGCUGAAGUUGCACCGAGUAGCCUGCGCGCCCGAAGUUUGGGAGGCUGUGGCGGGACUAGACACAAGCCCAGCCUGAGUUUGCGGGGGAGCGGGGCCAGGCAGGCUCCAGCUGCAGGAGGGGGCAGGGCCGCAGUGGGGCAGCAGCUUCCCCUCUCACCCCCCCCCCAGGCCGUGGGCGCGGAGCGGCGGGUUGCGUGCCAGCACCGCGCGCCCCGGGGCAGCGCGGCAGAAGCGCCCCUGUAGGCUCCCCCGGCGUGUGUGGGAGCAGCCUCCAGGAUGUACCAUGAGGAGCUGCAGAGACCCCGCUAUGGCUCUAUUGUGGAUGAUGAAAGGCUUUCAGCAGAAGAAAUGGAUGAGCGGAGGCGUCAGAACAUUGCUUAUGAGUAUUUAUGCCAUCUAGAGGAAGCAAAAAGGUGGAUGGAGGUCUGUUUGGUUGAAGAACUGCCACCCACUACUGAAUUGGAAGAAGGGUUAAGAAAUGGAGUUUACCUGGCCAAACUAGCAAAGUUCUUUGCCCCUAAAAUGGUCUCUGAGAAGAAAAUCUAUGAUGUGGAACAGACACGAUAUAAGAGAUCGGGCCUUCAUUUUCGACACACGGAUAAUACUGUGCAGUGGCUAAGGGCAAUGGAAUCCAUUGGUCUACCUAAGAUCUUUUAUCCAGAGACUACAGAUGUCUAUGAUAGGAAAAACAUACCUAAAAUGAUAUACUGCAUUCAUGCACUAAGUUUAUAUCUGUUCAAACUAGGUAUAGCACCACAGAUCCAGGAUUUACUGGGAAAAGUAGACUUUACAGAGGAGGAAAUCAGUAACAUGCGAAAGGAGUUGGAGAAAUAUGGUAUACAGAUGCCGGCUUUUAGCAAAAUUGGUGGUAUUCUGGCCAGUGAGUUAUCAGUGGAUGAAGCUGCAUUGCAUGCUGCAGUCAUUGCAAUUAAUGAAGCUAUUGAGAAGGGAGUAGCAGAUCAAACACUUAUAACUCUGAGAAACCCAAAUGCAAUGCUGAUGAAUGUGGCUGAGGACCUUGCACCAGAAUAUCAGAAAGAACUCCUGGAAGCUAAAAGAAGAAAAGAGGAGAAUGCAAGACUGAAGAAUGGCUCAAUUUCAGAAGAGGAAAGAGAUGUGUAUGAAGAAUUGCUGACCCAAGCCGAGAUCCAAGGCAAUAUCAAUAAGAUCAACAUUCAUGUAGCUUUAGUCCAAGUGAAUGAGGCUAUUGACAGGCAAGAUGAAGUGGCAUUGAUGGCAGGUUUGAACCGUCCUGCUUUGAGCUUGUCUGGAGUUCUGCAGCAAAAUUCCUCAUGGUACCUAGCACAAUUGUGUGACUGUAAAGAGCAGAGAAUGCAGCUAGCAGGGGUUCCAAUUUUGCUCGACAAAAGUGAGAUACAGAAAGAAGUUAGUGUUGCCAAUGAGGAAGCUGAGGCUCUCCAGUUUAAACUUGUAGCAGUUGAUCAUAUCAAUACUGCAAUUCGUAACUGUGAUGCUAAUAAAACAUUGGUUGCACUGAUGAAACCAGAGGCCCAGUUGCCUGUCGUUCACCCAUUUGCUGCUGCUGUCUAUCAGACUGAACUGUUCAACCUUCAGCAACAGAAUGCUGUGAGAUAUUUGGCACAUGAUGAACUGUCUAUUGCUGUGGAAAUGUUGUCAGCUGUUGUGUUACUAAACCAGGCCUUGGGAAGCAAAGACAUCCUGGCAAUAAAGAGUCAUCUCAGAAAUCCAUCCAUUGGCUUCAAUAAUCUGGAAGACGAAAACUUUCAACGUUAUGCUGACACACUCUUGUCUAUUAAGUCAGAGGCUUCAUCUCAAGGACAAGAUUAUUUAAGCUGGAAUGAUGUCCAGAAUUGUAUUGACAUGGUUAAUAUGCAAAUUCAAGAAGAAAAUGACAGAAUUGUUGCGAUUAGCUACAUUAAUGAAGCUAUUGACCAAGGCAAUCCUGAGAAAACUCUAGAAACACUGCUGUUGCCUACAGUCAAAUUGCACGAUGUGAACCCAACAAAUGCAAGGCAUUAUCAAGAUGUUCUGCACUAUGCCAAAGUGCAGAAAUGCAAGGAAUGUCAUGAUGAGUCCGCAGUUCUCUGGCUAGAUGAGAUACAAAAAGGAAUCAAUGAUGCUAAUAGGAAUAUAGAAAAAGCAGCAAAUUUGGCUCUUGGAACCUCAAUGAUUAACAAGUGUUUGGAAAAGCAUGAUUCGCAACCAGUCCUGGAUAUAUUGCAGUCUCCUAAGUUUGGUGUAAGAGUUGUUCCAGAAUGUGCUGAAACUUAUUACAAGAACCUUUUAGAAGCCAAGAAUUUAAAAACCAAAGAAGAUUCUAGUGAAGGUCCAUGGCUCAAACUUAUAAUGAAGAACAGAUAUGAUUAUUAUUAUAAUGUGGAAACUGGAGAAAGUACCUUUGUUCCUCCUGAAGGGUUCAUACCAAAAACUUCUUGGCUAACCAGUGAAGAAAUACAGACUAUUGUUGGGCAAGUUACAGCAGAUUACAAUCGAGAGCAGCUGUGGUUUGCUAAUGAAAACCUGAUUCUUCAGCUGCAAGCCCUAGCAAGGGGAUUCCUAGUCAGAAAAAGUUAUGAGGAGAGAAAAGGAUUCCUCCAAAAACAGGAACCAUCUGUGAUCAAAAUACAGGCUUCCUGGAAGGGAUAUAAACAAAGGAAAAGCUACACUGACAGGUUGCGGGUGCUUCAAGGCAAUGUUGCUGCUAUCGUCAAGAUUCAGUCAUGGGUCAAAAUGUGGCUAGCGAGGAAGGCUUACAAGAAACGGCUGCAGUAUUUCAAGGAUCACAAUGAAGAAAUUGUGAAAAUACAAGCAUUUCUUAGGGCAAACAAAGCUAGGGAUGACUACAGAACACUAAUUGGUGCUGAAAAUCCACCCUUGAACGUCUUGCGUAAAUUUGCUUACCUCCUGGACCAAAGUGACUUAGACUUUCAGGAAGAACUAGAAGUAACAAGGUUAAGGGAGGAGGUGGUUACAAAAAUCCGAUCCAAUCAACAGCUGGAGAAAGACUUGAACUUGAUGGAUAUAAAGAUUGGGCUACUGGUGAAGAACAGGAUCUCUCUACAGGAUGUGGUCCUGCACAGCAAGAAGCUAAACAAAAAAAGCAAAAAUCAGGUGGAAGAGAUGGUGACAGGUGACAAACAGGGCAUCAAAGGCUUGAGCAAAGAGAGGAGAAAACAGCUGGAAUCCUAUCAACACCUGUUUUACCUUUUGCAAACUAAUCCCAUGUAUCUGGCUAAGCUGAUUUUCCAGAUGCCUCAGAACAAGUCAACAAAGUUCAUGGAUACAGUCAUUUUUACUCUGUACAACUAUGCUUCCAAUCAGCGAGAAGAAUACCUGCUUCUCAAGCUCUUUAAAACUGCUCUAGAAGAGGAGAUAAAUUCCAAAGUAGACCAGAUACAGGAUAUAGUCACUGGAAACCCUACUGUCAUUAAGAUGGUUGUCAGCUUUAAUCGAGGUGCUCGUGGACAGAACACGCUGCGUCAGCUGUUGGCCCCAGUGGUGAAGGAAAUCAUGGAUGACAAAUCCCUCCUCAUCAACACCAGCCCCGUGGAAGUGUACAAGGCAUGGGUAAACCAGUUGGAAAUGCAGACUGGAGAGGCCAGUAAAUUGCCGUACGAUGUAACAACUGAACAAGCAUUAGAACAUCCGGAAGUGAUAAAUAGACUGGAGUCCUCCAUUCAAAGCUUGAGAACAGUAACUGAUAAAGUCCUUGUGUCCAUAUUCUCAUCGCUCAGUAUGAUGCCUUAUGGAAUGAGGUAUAUAGCCAAAGUUCUGAAGAAUUCGCUCCAUGAGAAAUUCCCAGAUGCAACUGAAGAUGAACUAUUAAAGAUUGUUGGAAACCUCCUAUACUAUCGCUACAUGAACCCGGCCAUUGUUGCUCCUGAUGGUUUUGAUAUAAUUGACAUGACAGCUGGAGGCCAGAUACACUCUGACCAGAGGAGGAAUUUAGGGUGUGUGGCGAAAGUCCUUCAGCACGCUGCUUCUAACAAACUCUUUGAAGGAGAGAGUGCGCAUCUUUCAUCUAUGAAUACUUACCUGUCGCAGACGUAUCAGAAGUUCAGGAAUUUUUUUCAGAUAGCAUGUGAUGUUCCUGAGCCAGAGGAGAAAUUCAAUAUUGAUGAGUACUCUGAUAUGGUAACCCUCAGCAAACCUGUCAUAUACAUCUCCAUUGAAGAAAUCAUCAAUACCCAUUCACUGCUGUUAGAACACCAGGAUGCUCUUGCUCCUGAGAAGAAUGACCUACUGAAUGAAUUGCUGGAGGGGUUAGGGGCUGUUCCUGAUGUAGAGUCUUUCCUUGGGGAAGGAGCUGUUGAUCCCAAUGAUCCUAACAAGGAAAACACAUUGAGUCAGCUUGCAAAGACAGAGAUUUCACUCUCUUUGACCAGCAAAUAUGAGUUACAGGAAGGUGAAGAUCAAGAUCUCAAAGGGUUGAUGAUAAAGACAAAAAGACUUGUAGUUGAUGUGAUACGAACACAACCAGGAGAUACACUCUUAGAAAUCUUAGAAACACCAGCUUCUGCACAACAGGAAUCCGAGCACUUAAAAGUGGUAGAGAAACGUGCUAUCUUAGAUUCCAAAACUCCUGAGAAAAUGAAGCACAGUCAGUCUAUGCUUGAAGAUGGGCAGCUACCAAUAGCAAAAAAAAGGAAAAUACAAAGAAAUCUUCGCACAUUGGAACAGGCUGGAUUAGUGUCUUCAGCAAAUAAGUACCAAGAAAUCAUCAAUGAGAUUGCUAAGGACAUCCGAAAUCAAAGAAGAUACCGACAUCAUCGAAAAGCUGAAUUAGUGAAACUCCAACAGACUCUGUCUGCACUUCAAUCCAAGACAGCAUUUUAUGAAGAUCAAGUAAAUUAUUACAACACCUAUAUAAAAACCUGUUUAGACAACUUAACAAGAAAAAAUUCUCGGAGGUCAAUUAAAUUAGAUGGAAAAGUAGAAGAGAAGGGAAGCAAAAAACUUAAGCACACAUCACUAAAGUACACAGCAGCAAGACUACAUGAAAAAGGUGUCAUUCUAGAAAUUGAAGAUCUUCAAACCAACCAGUUUAAAAAUGUUAUGUUUGAUAUCACACCUGGUGAAGAAAUGGGUGACUUUGAAAUCAAAGCAAAAUUCUUGGGUGUUCAGAUGGAAAAAGUGGAACUCCAUUUCCAGGAUUUGCUUCAGAUGCAGUAUGAAGGUGUAGCUGUAAUGAAAAUGUUUGAUAAAGCUAAAGUGAAUGUAAACCUGCUCAUAUUCCUGUUGAACAAGAAAUUCUAUGGAAAAUGAAGAUGGCAGAUAUUGUGGACUCUGCAUCAAAUCAGUAGGAAUGUCUGUUCAGUAUUUUUGCUUUUAAACAUUUGUUUGCGGUUGCUAUCAUUGGACAUUGUUUUUGAUGUCAAAAAAAGACCAAACUGUUCAGAAGAAUAUACUUACGUGCCUUUUUCAUCAUUUGAUACUGCAGUAGUAAAUUAGAAAAUAGAUUAAUUUAAACAUUUCCAGAUUUCACUGUGGUGUUGGAACUUUGAUUGGAAAGUAUGUCAUUAUUUAGUGACACUCAGCUAUUUCGGGGCCAGAGGGGAGGGCUGGUUUUUAAAGUAGACAGAAAAUAAAUUUAGUUCAAUGACAUAAAUAUAGACACUUCUUCCUGUGAAAACAUUUAUAUUUUUAAAUGAUCCAAGUUACAUAAUAUAGUUAUUAGACUUUUGAAGUAUUCUCUGAAAGAAAUCCUAAUUUGUUUCUAAGGGAUAUUUUUGGCAAAUAGUUAAAUGCUAAGCCUGUUUUCUGGCAGUUGUCAAUUGUAAAGCAAACACCUGUGCAAUUUGAAAUAAAAUUUUGUAGGUAAUUAUAAAGUUACAAUAACAUUUACUUGUACAAAAUAUAUUUUGUGAUUUAUUCCUACUAAAUAAAAAUGCACUACUGUCUCGGGUAAGUAAAACUUUCUACUCACAGCCUUUUAAUUUAAGGGGCAAGCUGAAUAUUGAUCGGUAGGUUUGGGGUUUUUUUUUAAUUACUUGAGGUAUUUGAAUACUUAAAUUGCGCCUGUCUGUCUUUUGUACGAAAAUAAAUAAAAUCAGUAAAUAAAUGCAAUAAAAUCAGUUUUUAAAUGUAUUCUUUGGAGAUUGUUCUAUGUAAAAUAAAUGUUACUUAAUUAUG